AUGGCUACUGAGUUGUAUCGAAUACAGAAUGUUUUCGAUGGACAUACUGUAUUUAAUUCGACUGAAAAGGUGACUUCUAUUGAUGGAACGUCUGAAAUAUUAUUUAUCGGCACUUCUCAAGGACGUGUGUUAUUUCUAGAUCUUUCAACUGGAAAUAUUUUACGAUCAGUUCAACUUCCGAAAAACGGUCUUGUUACACAAUUAUUGGCUGUCACAGCUAAUGAUUAUCUUAUCACUUUGUCAGCAUCUACUAUGAUCAAUAUAAAUAUAGAAAGUUAUGAGCUGUCCAACUUGAACAUUUCGUGGAGUAUAACUUAUGUGGGGAUAAAUAAAAAUCCUGUGAUAACAGAUCCGUUUGUGUUGCAGCUUGCUCUUGCCACUUCCAAUCGAUAUGUUUUAGUUUGUGAAAACAGAAUGAAUAAUUUAGAGAUUAAACAGAAGAUCCGAAUGGAAGAUAACGUAGUGACUUUAUCGUACAAUAAAUAUUGCAUAUGUUACGCUUUGUCUAAUGCUUACUUCGUUCAUAACAUUUUGGAAAAUAAAACUCUCUCACUGUUUCCUUACGAUUCACGAAUUGUGCGUCCUAUCAUCAUACAAGCAGAUGUGGACGAAUUUCUGCUGAAUGGUACGGAAGGUUUAGGCGUUUUCGCAACGUUAGAUGGCGUGUCAUCGCGACCGCCAGUUUUUUGGGGGAAAACUCCAAUCAUAUCAUUUACUUAUCGAUCUCCAUAUAUCCUUGUGCUUACAGCAUCUUCAAUUACCAUUUAUAGUUGUGAGCAAUCAACUGCUCUUCAGAGAUUACCCUUCUCAGGUGGAGCAUUAUUAGACUGCAUUAAUGGGCAGCUUUAUGUUUGCAGUAAUAAAAGUAUCACUUAUUUAGAAGAAAUAUCUUGGCUUGACAGAGUAGAAGCUAUCGCUAAUAGUGGAGAGCUUGAUGAUGCAUUAAAACUAGCGGAAAAUAGUAUUUUAAGUUUACAACAUAAUGAAGCGGCGAUAGUGAAAUAUAAUAACUUGAGGCAGAAAUUGGCUUUAGCAUUUUUCAAGCGAGGUGACUUCGAAAAAUUUCAUGAACUUGCCAUUACGUCAGAAUUAGAUCCACGUGAGGUUUUAAAUUUGUUCGAGUUUUUGCUUCCAUUUCCAUCAGGAUUUCAAUCGAUGCUAAUCUCAGAAAAUCCUUUUGAAUAUUGCUAUACAACGGAAUCUGUUGAUAAUCUUACUUAUUUGGAACUAUAUCUCAGAGAAGUUCGACAACUUCAUUGGACUAUCGAAUUUCGUAGGGAUAUUGAUGCACUUUUACUAAGGCUCAUGGCUUUACGAAAAGAUGCAUUGGAUGCAGAUGACAUGACUUUAAAUUUAUUUUGUGGAUUUAACGACUGUAAUGUGUGGAUGCGAGAUCACAAGCGACGAAAGUUUCUUCUACAUAUUGCUUUCUGUGUGGGAGAUUAUGACAACGCUCUUGCGAUAAGUCGAGAAUUGUAUGAUGAUAAUCUCUGGGAUGAUGACAUUUUCAGAAUAUGCUUACAAUCUUUUUCAAGGUUCUAUAAGGAACAAACAAUUAUAGCUUGGAUCGAGUUCUUAAUCGAGAUCCAACAUGGCAGUGUAAUUGAAUGUUUAAAAAAUUGUUCGGUAGAAUUAAAUCACUCAAAGGUUAUUCGAAUCCUGCAGAAAAAUAGGGGUUUGCUGAUGAGUUAUCUUGAAGAGAUGAAGGAGCUUGAGAACGCUGAAUUUCAUUCAUUGUUAUUUUCGAUGUAUGUGGAGGAAAUCAACAUGUUAAUGGCCGAAGGUGAUAGUGCUGAAAAUAAGCUAAAAUUAUUUCGAAAGAAAUUACGUAAUCUUCUUCUCCAGCCUAAUAAAUUGGAUUUGAUGCAAACACGUGCAGUCCUAAAAAGUUACCGGUUCUUUAGUGUUGAGCUGUCAUUGCUUGAUAGCGUUGAGGAAAAAGGUUGUGUCAGAUGUGUAGAAAAAUUAUUGAACGAACAUAAAGACUAUGAUGCGGCGGAGCUAUGCUGCAUUUAUACGGAUACACCAGAUCAUGCUUUGAAAUUGGUGCUCUUGAAAUUCUACUUGAAGAAUAUCACGUAUCAGCAGAAAUUCAGAGACCGUGUUAUCAGUUUAUUGAGCAUGUCUUGUUUCACCUCAGAUGAAAUUGAAGUGCUUGGUAGCUUUCCAACCGAUUGGUCGCUGUCCUCCAUUUUUUCUUUUGUUAAAGGAAGUGUUAUAUGUGCAGAAGAACGUUUCCAUUGUCAGCAGCUUAAAAAAGCGGCUGUUACUAAAGCGUUGGAAGCGUUCUCGAGGAAGGUGUCGAAAACAGCAUUCUUACAGGUCCAGAUUAAUGACAAGACAAUAUGUGCAUCAUGUGGCAUAUUUGUUGGCAAUGAAGACGCCGCAUGCUAUCCGAAUUCUAGUCAAGUUUUCCAUCGCAGAUGUCUAAGCAUCUGA